GUGGUGUCUGGCGUCCCAGACUAAGCGGAAACGAGCUUCACGAUUGAUAUCACUGCUAUUUGCUAUUCGCGAAAUAAAAGAUCCAGCACGCCUCAAACUGCGUGUCCUGACCCUCUAACCGACACCUGGUCCCUCUACCGUCUCGAGCAGCUCGACGAUUCCAGUCGCAUGUCACUUUCGCGAUCGCCUUCGCCUACGCGAGGCGGAGGUUGGUCAAGUCCAGGACUCACAGCUCCUUAUGACGAAUCCAGUGGAAGAUCAAGUCCCGCGGUCCGGACUUUCCCAAACAACGGGAAUGUAACAUGGGCUUCGGCUCAAGCCCGAAGUGCAGAAGUCCAGGGAUAUGCAUCUUUCUCGACGCGAAAGCAAGGAUUCUUCUCGAAACACUUUCGCAAGUUGUCGCGUGGUCUACCUAUAACAUCGUACGCAGAGAAAGAGAAGCUCGAACGGAGAUGGAAACGAAUUAAUGCAAAGAAUGGGAGUUGGAGACUAAUAGCAAUUGCUGGAAGAAUAGUAUGGCGUCUGAGGCUACGACUGGCUGGACUCUUGAUAUUUCUGCUCGGGAUUUUCAUAUUCUAUGUUACACCGCUACACAUGGUUGUGCGGCGAUCCUUUGGCGGUGGAAAUAAAUUCGUUAUAAUAUUAGCAGCGAACUUGGGAGGAGGAGUGAUGGAAUGGAAAGGUCCUCGAGAAUGGGCAAUUGAAAGAGAUAGCGUAAAGAACAAGAUGCACUAUGCAAGAAAAUGGGGAUAUGAGUUGGACAUUGUGGACAUGAGCACUAAGAAGAGAUAUGCUCACGAAUGGAGAGAAAGCUGGGAGAAGGUUGAUACGAUAAGGAGCGCUAUGCGUAAAUAUCCAGAUGCUGAAUGGUUCUGGUGGCUCGACCUCAACACUUUCAUCAUGGAGCCUUCAUAUUCCCUACAAUCUCACCUGUUCAAAGACCUCCAGAAGAAUACCUACCGGGACAUCAACUACUACAACCCCUUGAACAUUUCUCAUCCCUUUACUUCAGAGUGGCUCGACUCUGAGUCGCGAUCUGCAAUAGGAGACGGCAAGUCAGAAUCUAUUAAUUUCAUCCUCUCACAAGAUUGCGGGGGUUUCAAUCUUGGGUCCUUCUUCGUUCGUCGCAGCGUUUGGACCGAUCGCCUACUAGACAUCUGGUGGGAUCCCGUUGGCUACGAGCAGAAACAUAUGGAAUGGGAACAUAAAGAGCAAGAUGCACUUGAGCACAUGUAUACGAACUUCCCAUGGGUGCGUCCACACAUUGCAUUCACCUCUCAGCGAAAAGUGAAUAGCUUUCCUCCCGGAGCAUGUGGCGGAGAGACUAAAGAGACGGAGAAUGCAAAAAUUCAUUAUCAAGAGAAGGACAGAGAUUUCCUGGUCAAUAUGGCUGGUUGUGAAUGGGGCCGUGACUGCUGGGGUGAAAUGUACAAUUUUCGUCAGCUCAGCCACAGACUCAAUAGGGGUAUGUGGGAGCAGUUUCGAGACAGGAUCGCGGAGUCGUUCACAGGGACGAAGAACAGCUGAGUCAGCUUCAACAAAGAUACCACCGGGCCGGCGUUCAUGGAUGUUGCCUUGUCACACUAUUUCAACUUUCGGAUACCAUAUUAACAUUCUACUUUUACACUUAGCGGCAUUGGCGGUUUGUAUUCAGAUGUUGUAACAUAUAUAUAGGGAUAUGUUGAUUAGCAACACUUAGACGUAGGCAUUGACGGGGACAACAGCAGCAAUGAUCUCGGCGGAGGGGGAUCCGAGAUAGUCUCGACCAUGCACCUCCAUCUCCAAAGCAUGUCUGGAUCUCGGAGGU